AUGUCGUUUGAUCCGGAUAAGUGGACAGUAUCGUCCAAUGAUGCACUCCAGAUAUCGCUUGCUGAACCUCAAGGUGCUUUUAGUUUUCGUCCUGCUUUCACAUAUCCCGUGUUUGGUGAUUCUGAACAAAUAUUUGGCUAUAAGGACCUGAAGAUCGCGCUUGCUUUCGACUGUGCCGCUCUGUUUCCCUUCUUGUCAGUCACAUAUAGCUCUAAGCUGGAGAAUCAUGAUGACAUCAUUGACGUUCAGGCCAAGUUGUUGGAGUUUCUGCCUAAAGAAACCAUCAUCUCUGAUGAGAACAAAUGGUUGGAUGUCGUUGAAGCAGAUAAAUUUGAGAUUCCCGGAACAAAGAUUAAAACAUAUCACAGAGGUGAUGAAGAAUUUUCUAUAUACAAGAGCACGUUGUCUGAGGCUUCGAAGCUACAUCUGAGAAUUCGGAUUUUUGUUCUGCUGUUCAUUGAGGCCGCUUCUUACAUAGACGAGACUGACCCGGUAUGGGAGAUUUAUCUUGUGUACAAGACUAGUGGGGAGAAGCCCUCAUUUGUUGGAUUCUCGACAGUGUAUUCAUAUUGGUACUUCGAGUCCAUGGAGAAGCACGAUUUAGUUGCGUUGAAGAACGAUGUGUUGGACCUCAAGAUCCGCAAGAAAAUCUCGCAGUUUGUGAUCCUUCCACCAUAUCAGCAAAAGGGGCAUGGAAGAGAAUUGUACAGUGGAAUGGUAGAACAGUUUCUUCAAGACGAUCAAGUUCUGGAGAUAUGUGUUGAGGAUCCCUCAGAACAGUUUGAUGAUCUCAGAGACAGAUGCGAUCUGGAGAGACUAUACAGAGAAGGUGUAUUCAGCGAAGAAAAUGACUUUACAAGUGGACUUGAUGUGAGUGCUUGGAUCAAGAAAGUUAUCUCCAAGACGAAGCUGGAGAAGAGACAGUUUGCAAGAUUGGUAGAAAUGGCUAUGCUAAAGAACGAAUUUGGCACCAAGGAGAUCAGAUUGAAGAUCAAGAGGAGACUCUAUGUGAAGAAUAAAGAUUCGCUGGUUGAGCUUGAUAUUCCAACGAGAAAGGAUAAGCUGCAGACUGCCUACCAAAGACUUGAAGAGGAUUAUUUAAGGAUUCUUGAGAGAGUCAACAUUGGUUCGAAGAAGAGAAAGCUCGCUACUUAA